AAGUGAAGAAAUAAUAAGCGAAAGCAGUAAAAGCAAAGUAGCAAAAGAGAAAACAGCAAGACUAAAGCAGCCAAAAAGAAAGCAGCAAGGCAAAAGCAACAGAAGAGAAAGUAGUAAGGUGAAAACACAAAAGAAAAAGCAGCAUGUCAAAAGCUACAAGGUGAAAACAACAAAAGCAAAAGCAGCAAAAGCAAAGUGA